UCUCUUUGGAGAGUAGUGUCGAAAUAAACGUCGCCACGACGCUACUGGCCGGUCGUCGCGACGCGUCCACUACCGCGAAAAGUUUUGUAUAGUGCGGGGGUGAGAACGAGCACAUGUCUUGUGAAGUGACAGGAAAUUACUGAAAUUUUUUGGUGUGCGGUAGUGGAUUAUAUUCUGAAAAAUCAAGUUGAAACGAAGCCAGCCAUGCCUUAACGAAACGAUGGAAGAACCUCCGCUUCUUUCCGGACGAAUCUUCAGCGAGAAUAAAGAAAUAACACACCCCGAAUUAUGACCUGAAACUCCCAGGAGAACUAUGACAAAGUUGCCCGCUUCAACUGGCAACUGAUCAACAUAAAAUGUUGGAUAUCUUCCGCGGUCUCAAGUCACUCGUCAGAGUCAGCCACAUCCACAUCGAUUCGCCAGUUUUUCGUCUCCACUACUCCAUUACGGUGUCCAUUCUAAUCGGCUGCAGCCUGAUAGUGACCACGAGGCAAUACGUUGGAAACCCCAUCGACUGUAUUCACACGAAAGACAUCCCCGAGGACGUGUUCAACACUUUCUGUUGGAUACAUUCGACGUUCACCGUUUUCACGAACAAACAAGAACCGUACGCCAGGAUGCACUUGCCAGGUAGUCCGGGUGUUAAAACCUCCUACAACGACAAGGAGAGAAAGGUGUAUCGGUAUUACCAGUGGGUGUGUUUUUGCUUAUUUUUCCAAGCAAUUCUGUUCUACACACCUAGAUGGCUCUGGAAAUCGUGGGAAGGAGGAAAGAUUCACGCCCUGAUGAUGGAUCUCGACGUAGCGGUUUGUACAGAAAUCGAAAAGAAACAAAAGAAGAAGCUAAUGCUCGAUUAUUUGUGGGAAAAUUUGAGAUAUCACAAUUGGUGGGCCUACAAAUAUUAUUUCUGCGAAAUUUUAGCACUUGCAAACGUUAUUG